GGCAUGAUCUUUGCCUGUUGCCAGUCUCAUGACCCAGCUUUUUCGUGUCAUGCAUUGCUGUCAGCCUCGAAGCGACACGACUUAUGUCCCCUAGCCACACUCUACACAUUUGUGACCCCUCUCUGAUGUGCAUUGACGACCGAACAAGGAACUCUCUGACGUCCCAGACCGCCAUCCAAACAGGCGCCACCCAAGUUGACUUUCACCGGUGUAUUCCCGUAGAAUGUCUCAUUGAAGGUCCUUCUUUCUUUUCCCGCGUCUUCCGCUCGCUUCAUCGCUGCCCGAUCAAUCUGCAACUCACCGCCGGCACGCCUGCUUGCUUCAUCACGAAGCGGGCUUCGGCAGAUUCGAGAUGCAAGCGCCACGAUGCAGCAGAUCGUGGUCAACGACCUUCCCAUGCUCGCCAUAUCACUCACGCCAGACAAUUUGUUGCAGUGCUUGUCAUCAUAUGGAGCAUCUGGACCAUGGACCUUGGACAUGGCGGUUGUCAUCUCUCGAAGGUCCUGUCGAGAUCGUUACCGAUGACCACGAUAAGAUUACCCCUGCGACUGGCCCGAUUGCAAAAGAGCCGAGCCGCCUAGGUCGAGCAACGAUUGGCUAAGUCGCUCGUCUUGCUCUUCAACCGCGUAUUUCCAUCGAACCCGCUCUAAAUGACCGACCUCACGUGUACCAGAUCUGCGUGAAAAGAAUGUCCGCGUUCGACCGCCGCAGAUUGUCUUUAGUUG